AGAAGAUACUAGGUUAACUCACAAGACAGACAGUGAACACAUCUACACGGAUAUUCACCACAGACACUUCUGGAGAGAGAAGACACACGGCAAAGACAAGAUGGAAAACGAGGAUUCAUCAGACGAAUCUGGAGAGAUGAUUUGCAGUGAAUUGGAUGUUCCCAUCAUUACAUCAGAGGCCCUCGAACCAGUAGUUACUUUAUUUCUAAGUGCUAUCACAGAUGAUCAGUGGGUGCUUUUGGCAGAUGGCAAAAUGACUUCUGGCGCAUUCUCUCGGCUCUAUAAAAUGUGCAGUGACAUCUUAAAAAUCAUCAGCUCUGAGGUCUUGGAAGUUGUGGAACCUCAGGUUCUAGACUGGAUGUUUAUCCACGCUACCCAAGGUGGCCAUAACAUGAAGAAUCGCAUUUUUUACAGUGUGACAGAGGAUGAUAUAAAAGCCAGCAUUGGAAAUUCUUUUGAUCGCUGUUUCGGUGAGGUAACAGGAAUCCCACAGGAGAGGUCCAACGGGUCGAUAGCACUGCUGGAGUUGUUUGCAGCAGAGGUGAAGAAGAGGGUGAACGAGAAACUUGCUGGACAGUCAGCCUCUUGCCCACGGACUGUAGAGUCUAUUGAUUCUGAAACAUCCAAUGAUUAUGACGCUACUGAAAUGGUUCACCUAGUGGCCAAUAUAUUGUAUUGCUUGUUGCAAAAUGAUAGUGAGUCACCCAAGUAUCGAGACACAGUUUCCAGCAUGGAUUUCUCUUCAAAACUGGGGGUUAUUGAUGUUGAAAAUUUUUGCCUAGAGGAGCUUUGCACACAGCACUCUACAAUGUGCCCCGUAUCACUGAAUGUGAAGAGUUUUGCCAAGGCUACAGAGAAGAAAAACCUGGGAGAUAUGAGACUGGAAGAAUUUAGUCCCACAUCCCUAAAGUCUACUGGAAGCUUCCAACAGGUUUCCAUGACAUCCAGUGACAUGGCUUCUGGAGGAGGUGGUACCAGCCCAACAAAAGAGCAGAGGUUGAAAAAGUCAGGAAAAAACUGGAGCUUUGGACACAAACUGAGGACAUUUUUCAACAGAAAUACGAGUAAAGCCGCCACAGCCUCUGACCUUAACACAUCAGAGUCUCACUCUUGGGCAGAGGAUGCUACAAUAACGCACCCUGUACCAAACAUGCAAAGAUCAGAUAGUGAAGAGACUGUCACUAACUCUUCAAGUGAGGUGCUGAACAAUUCUCCCCCAAAAAACAGGAGCUUUGGACACAAAUUGAGGACAUUUUUCAACAGUAAAACGAACAAAGUUACUCCAGGGAGUGACCUCAACACAUCUGAGGGUCAAGGAAGCCUCUGCAGAGUUUCCAGGAAUACUUUAUGUCCAGAUGAAAUCACAGAAGUUGAAGAGUUUUGCUCAGAGGACCCACUUACUCCACCAUGUGAGAAUGGAUCAAUGCAAUCCAGCAAGCAGCCUGCCAUCAUGAGGAUUUUGUCUUCCACAGGCAGGAUUCUGAUGAAGCCAUUCACUUGCUGCACUGUAAUUUUUCCUGUUUUCCAAUAAAACAAUGAAAUAGCAG